AUGUCUCAGAAUGGCAUUACAAGCACCACCACAAACUCAAAGGUGCGUCACAUUACCCCACCCAAAGAGGAGUUGCAAUCACUACCUUCAUCUUUCUACAACUGUGAUAUCUGCGGCCUGCAAGUCAAGACGCAAUCUAAUCUCCGUGCUCACUUUAUCAAAACCCAUGGUCUUGUAAAUGAUGCCAAAGAUAUAGCUUUUUUGCUACGAAAGAAAACGGACAUAUCUGAUGUCUUCCAUUGUCCUGCUCCCGCCUGCAAAUAUACCAAGUCAUCGGGUGUUGGAUUCUCGAAAUUCUGGCAUUUGAAACAGCACUAUCAGUUGGUACACAUGAAGAAGACCUUCCAAUGCGCUACCUGUGGCCAGCGAUUUUCUACACCCAGUGCACAAGCCUACCAUGCGAAGUCGUGUGGCACGCAUUUCGAGUGCCCAGUCUGUGGGCGGAAAUACAAGGCCAAGAAGUUUCUCAACCAGCAUGCGCGUCGCUCCGGACAUGAUGUUCGGGCGAGGGCGUCAGCAUCGAGAACCACACCAGUCGUAAGGCAGCAAUCAUCAGUCAACUUGCCCACUGAAUCAGUUCUCACUACUGCGGGGAAUGAGCAACGUGAGGCACAGACACCCACCAGAUUGGCCAUUCUUCCGCUGCUCAUUCUUCCCCUCGGCGUUGGCACUGACCAGGCCUCCGUUUCUGCUGCCACUACCUCUGCUGCUUCCCUUGUGGGUGAAGUGAUUGCCCAAUUGCGGACCAAUCUCACUGUUCUUCCACCUGUUGUCUCUACUCCCUCCACUCCCUCCGUUGGCGGCUGUCCUGGUCCAGCGGUCCAGCUCAACAGUCUCGCUUAUAGUCCAGAGGCCCGACGUCCUGCUUUCGCUCUGUCUAACAGCAUUGGUAACAGGGGGGGCGGUGAUGAUAGCGCAGGCGGUCCGACCUUCGUGCCGCUGGUGGAUGUGGGGACAGCACCCCUUCGCCUAUCACACACUCACACUCAAACGGAUGUCAAUGUACCGCCUCACUGUCCUGUACCUGCUCCAACCGCAGCGGUAACGGCGCAGCAGACCGACUUCGUCGUCUUUUACAACAAUCAGCCGACACGCGACUCCUACACCGCCACGUCGCCACCCGAUUGCCAUCUUGCUACGGCGCAGAUGUCGGUUGGAAAUUCUCCGCCCCCGGCGGCCUUUCUGCCAGACAUGUCCCACAGCAGCACCUACAUGUCGCCGGGUCACUCAAUUGAACUUCAAUACCCCGAGAUGAACUCCAAUGGCACCAUGACCACCUACCACUCCCAACAGCCGCCACAAGCACAGCACCAUGCAUUCCAGCAGACCACCGUCAUUCCCACCACCGCGGUGUCGUCUGCCACGGGGGCAUCUCUCUAUCUCCCCUCUGACACCUCUGAAGGCGGGUGCUAUAACGCCUUUGCUGCUGCUGAUUCGCAUCCCUCCACCAUCUCACCUCCCCCUAGCCUGCGCUUUCUCCUUUCCCUUCCUGAGUUCGGAUUAUUUGCUCUUGUUAUAGUUGAAGGCUCCAACACCUCGCCUUACAGUGGCGAAUGGCGCAAUCUGCGUCGGCUAGACGGCCAAUCGGCCAACUCAGUGGCCGUGGAGACCACCCUCGAUUUGGCCAAUUUCGACGCGAGUAAUUCAGGCAACUGCUACUGGCCACCAGCGGAGAGCUUUGCACACAUGCAAACGCAGACGGUGUGCGACGCAGACGACUUGGAACAGUGGUUCAAUAACGUGCACACACAGACCUCCACCGCCGCCGCCUCCACGCAACAGCAGUCCAGCUGGACGUCGCUGUUUGCCAACGAUGGGGUUUGUGUAGGUGUGAACACGGAGAUGCUGAUGACUCCAGAGCAUGGAGGCAGUCCAUAG